AUGGCGGCAAACAUGAGUAAUCGUUCGGAAGCAUCAGAUAAAUUGGUAAAUUAUCAAAUUGUUUAUGACGGUCAGGUUAUCUCUGCCCUCCUAACAGAAGAAGAUGGAGAAAAAAUUUUGAAUGGGGAUCCAGAUAUGUUACAAGCUGUUAUAAAUUCAAAAGAAAUUCAAAAGAAAUUGAGAAACAUGAUCAUGUACAUGAUAAACCAUCCUGCAGUAGUAGUAGCACACCAAUUAACUCUGCAUCAACAUCAAAAACUGAGCACUCAAAUGAAACCACUAAAGAAAGUGAUUGGACGCCUAAAAACACCCGUUAUCUAA